AUGACGAAAUUCAGAGAACUUCCAUGGGAUUUGGUAGAGGAGAUUCUCUGUCGCGUUCCGGCCACAUCUGUGAAGCGGGUACGAUCCACUUGCAAACGAUGGGACCGUUUAUUCAACGACAAGACGUUCGUCAGUAAACACUCUGUUAAAGCCGUAAAGCAGUUUAUGUGUCUCAUGUUGAUGAGUAAGAUGAGGGUUUGUCCGAUGAGCGUGAAUCUGGAUGGAGAUCCUCCAUCAGUAGAGGUUAAAGCUGAGCUUAGCCUACUCGAUCCGCGUUCUAGAAACUCAGCCUUCCAAUACGAUGUACCUCAUGUGUUUCAUUGCGACGGCUUGUUGCUAUGCACCUCCGAGGAACCAGAACCUAGAAUCGUGGUUUGGAACCCGUUCACUGGUCAAACCAGGUGGAUCGAAUUGGGUGGCGAUAAAUUCCGCAAUUUUGCUCUGGGAUACCAUCAAGACAAGAGAUCCAACACUAGGAGCUACAAAGUGUUGAGCUUUUAUUAUGGUAUAGAUUCGGAAAUCUACGAUUUUGACACUGAUUCCUGGAGAAUUCUUGAUGGUGAUAGCGUUGGACGACGGGCUUGUAGAUGCGCUAAUCAGAUGGUGUCUUUCCAGGGAAAAACUUACUGCCUUGCUUCGGAUAAAGCAAAACCGGAGCUCGGCAAAUCCGUCCUCACGUUUGAUUAUUCAACUGACAAGUUUGGUCGUGUGCCUCUUCCCUAUCAAUCUCGUUACAGUUAUGCGUGUCUCUCAGUUGUUAGAGAAGAGAAACUCUCUGUGUUAUUGCAACAAAAGAUUGCAUCAAACACUGAGAUAUGGGUGACAAAUAAGAUUGGUGAGACCAACAAAGGGGUGUCGUGGAGCAAGGUCUUAGCAUUUGAUUUGAGCCUAAAUCUUGACUAUUCGAGUUUUUUGUUCGAUGAGGAGAAGAAAGUCGUCACGUUUUAUGACAGAUGGGUCGACGCCAAUGACGAAGAGAACAGCAAAGACAUGGUGUACAUUGUUGGGGAGGAUAACAAUGUCACACAAGUGGUAAUUGGAGUGGGUGAGUUCGAUGGAUGUUGGCCAGCGAUUCUUAAUUAUUUCCCAAGUUUGGCUGAAAUCGAGCCAGCUCGAGGCAAGAAAAGAAAAAGACUCGAAAGGAUGGAGGAUUUGAUCGAGGGAAAACCUACUCUUGAAUCCAUAGAUACCAUCAAGAACCGACUAAUGCUAUAUGUGGAAGCCAUAUGUGGCCUAGCAGAGAGCAGCAUCCCGUUCGCUAUGUCUACGCUGGAAGUCGCCGAAUCAGAACUACAUUCGUUUCUAGAGGCUCAAUUAGCUAGAAAUCAUCACUCAUUCACUCUUGUUUCUAUGUACAGGAUGGAGGAUUUGAUCGAGGGAAAACCUACUCUUGAAUCCAUAGAUACCAUCAAGAACGAACUAAAAAGUCUACGCAGAGAAGAGGAAGCCAUACAUGGCAUAGCACAGAGCAUCCCUUUCAUUGUGUCUCAGCUGGAAAAAGCCAAAUCAGAACUACACUCGCUUCUAGAGGCUCAAUUAGGGUUUCGAAUUCUCUUGUACCGUCCGAAAUUGCCAACCCCCAGCUUAGAGUCCACUGCGGUGAUAACCACUGAUGUUGUCAACGACGAGGAUUACGACGUCUCUCGCUGGACCGGGCUGGCUGUCUUAUGCUCUGAGCCGCCUCUAUUGCCCCACAGACGUAAAUGUGAGCGGAAGGAAGGACUUGUGGCGUUAGCUUUUCUUUUAGGGUUCCCUAAGCUUGGGAAAGAUUAUACACUGAGGAAAGGACCUAAGGAGCCUCCUUUUCCCAUUUUCUUUCUUGAGAGCUCGAGCUUGAUCAAUGGCGAAAUUCAGAGAACUUCUAUGGGAUUUGGUAGAGGAGAUACUAUGUCGGUGUUCCAGCCAAAUCUCUGGAACGAUUAA